UAACACCAUCAUCGGCUCAACGAAAUGUUUAUACAAAAUUUAGUUUGUUGUCAGUCAUUUGUUGUGCGGCUUAGUUACAGUUUCAUUCAAUUUUUUUUUAAUUUUGUUUUUUUUAAUCAGAAACAAGCCAUAAAGUGUAAAUUGUUCGUCGUGUUGGAAGCGUAAUCACUAUUCAGCUGUUGUGUGUGAACGAAAGUGCUGUUUAUCAUAAAAUUCAGCCGCAUGAAUACUGUGUGUACUGUUGAAAAUUUUAAGUUUUAUUAAAAGAGAGAGAGAGAAAAAAUCCAACCAAACAAAACCCAUUCACUUUUCGCGCUUUUUGUCAUAGGUGUUUUGAGUGUGUGUUAUUUGGUUCAUUGUUGACAAAAUAUAAUAAAUCCGAGAAUUUAAAUUCAAUUCGCUAAAAAAACCAUAUUUUACAAUUAGUUUUGUUUGAUAUAUUGUUCGUGCAUUCGUCAUAUUAACCCGUUUCACCACUUACACCAAUCUUGACAAAAUGACAACAACUUUGCCGACAUUCAAUCAAACGCUCGAAACGGCUGUAAUCACAUUCAAGAAAGUAUUCAAUGCAAAUCCGGAUGUAGCAAGUUGUGCCCCAGGUCGUGUAAAUCUAAUUGGCGAACAUAUAGAUUACAACGAUGGGUAUGUUUUGCCGAUGGCACUGCCCAUGGUAACGAUUAUUGUCGGAAAGGUGGUGCCAAACUCCAACAUUGCCGACAUAUUAACAUGUUGCGAUGGAGCUGACGAUCCGAGACGAAUUCAAUUUCAAUUAGACAAUGUGACACCGGGACUUCCAAGAUGGGCGAACUACAUCAAGGGCGUGAUUCAUGGUAGCGCUGGAAUGGUGGCCAAAGUUCCAGGCUUUAAUGCGGUUAUUAUGACUAAUGUUCCCGUUGGUGGCGGUUUGUCAUCCAGCGCUGCACUGGAAAUGUCCACAUUAACAUUCCUGGAGGCAUUGAGUCCGGGUAAAUCGACAUUGACAUUAACCGACAAAGCACUGAUAUGCCAAAAGGCUGAACAUGAAUUCGCUGGUAUGCCUUGUGGCAUUAUGGAUCAAUUAAUUUCGGUAAUGGGGAAACAGAAACAUGCACUUCUUAUUGAUUGUCAGUCUCUUGCCACGCAACAGAUACCAUUUUCCAGCGACGAUUUAGCAAUUUUAAUUUGCAAUUCAAAUGUUCGACACGAACUAUCCGACAGUGAAUAUCCAACUAGACGCAAGCAGUGCGCUGAAGCUUUAAGUUUGAUGAAUUUGACGAGCUUUCGGGACGCGAAAUUGGACAAUUUGUCAGCACUAAAAAAUUCUGACGAAGUUUUAAUUAAAAGAGCACGGCAUGUCAUAACUGAAAUACAGAGGACAUACGAAGCCGCUGAAGCGUUAAAGGGACACAAUUUUGAACAGAUGGGAAAAUUAAUGACCGAAUCUCAUUUGUCGCUACGUGACGACUUUCAAGUGUCCUGCAAAGAGCUCGACAUACUCGUUGAAGCAGCUAAUAAGUGUUCCGGUGUGCUAGGCUCACGAAUGACCGGCGGUGGUUUCGGUGGAUGUACGGUGACCUUGGUGCGAAAAAUUGCUGUCGCCGAUGUUAUUCAUGCCAUGCAAACGGAAUAUGGCAAAUACAAUUGCACGGCAAGCUUUUAUGUUUGUGAGCCGGCCGAUGGGGCAAGAUUGAUUAAUUUGAAGUAGGAAGGCAGCCAGUGUUGACAAUCUCGAAAUAUAUUUUUGGUGCCAACGAGGGUGGUGGAUGUAUAUAUAUGUUAACGAUGGGACGGCAUGUGUAUAAAUAAUGAACGGGAAACGUUAGACUUUAAUACGAAAAUUAUUUUUUUUUUACUUUUUUCCAUCAUCGUAACAUCUUGACAAGACGAACGAAAAUAUUUACUCGGAAAUCGGUAAGGAAAUUGAAGAGGGGCUGUGGGGAUGUGGUUUCAUAAAUUAUGUUUAUAGGUCCCUGAAGUAAUUUGUUGAUAAAUUAUAUUCGUCUUGUGUGUGUAUGGGUGUCUCUCUCUCUGUUUGUGUAUACAAUGUAAACGUGAUAAAUAAGCUGGAACAUUAUAUAAUCCGCCACUGUCGUUGCUCUUUGUUGUUGUUAAAAUAUGGAGUUUUCAGAUUAUAAACGCUCCGCGUAGUUUAGUUUGGGAUGUGGGACGAAGUUUUGUUUAUUUUUGAUACAAAAUUUUAUUUCGAAAUAAAAACAAAUUUAUUUGGUGACACUCAA